AUGGUGAUAAUUUCACAAAUAGAAAAGAAGCCUUUGGUAAAUAUAUUUCCAACCAAAUCAAACAAAACCAAUUUUAUUGGAAUCCCAGUUAUUGACCUUUCACGUCCCGAAGACGCAAAGAAUCUAAUUGUCAAUGCGUGUCAAGAUUAUGGUUUUUUUAAGGUAAUAAACCAUGGUGUGGCACCAUUGCUUGUAUCUGAAUUAGAAAAAGAAGCUGUUGAGUUCUUCAACAUGAGACAGUAUGAGAAAGACCAGUAUUGUCCUCCAAACCCGUUUGGGUACGGAAGGAACAAAAUUGGACUAAAUGGAGACGUUGGAUGGGUUGAGUAUCUUCUUUUUACUUCCACUAAUUUCCCUAUCAACUCCAAAAUCUUUUCGUCACUAGUAAAAGAGUACGUAAAAGAAGUAAGAAAAAUGGGGUGUAAUAUACUUGAGUUAAUGGCAGAGGGCCUUAAGAUAGAGCCAAAGAAUGUGUUAAGCCGGAUGCUAAGCGAUGAGAAGGCCGACAUAAUCUUUAGGCUUAACCACUAUCCACCAUGCUCUGACUCUGACCCUGAAUCAGACCUGAACAAUAACAACAGGUCCAUGAGCCAUGGAAGAACCUCGAUUGGAUUUGGAGAGCACACAGACCCACAACUUAUAUCGAUUGCCAGAUCCAAUGCCACAUCAGGCUUUCAAAUUUAUCUUGAAGAUGGAACAUGGGUCGGAGUCCCACAAGAUGAGACAUCCUAUUUCAUCAACGUUGAUGAUUUGUUAGAGGUAAUGACAAAUGGAAGGUUUAAAAGUGUAAGGCAUAGGGUGGUUGCAGAUAGUUUCAAAUCAAGGGUGUCAAUGAUAUACUUUGGAGGUCCACCAUUGAUGGAGAAGAUCUCGCCAUUGGAUUCACUCAUGGAGCCUGAUGAAGAAAGUUUGUAUAAUGAGUUCACUUGGUUUGAGUAUAAAUCAUGCACCUACAAGACCAAGUUGGCUGAUAAUAGGCUCUCUCGCUUUCACAAACACUCUCAUCCAGUGUAG